GAACCAGGCAGCUGCAAUGCAACACGCCUGCAUGUUCCUUCUCCCUGGGGGGCCGGGUCCCGGAAAGAGAGGCUGCUGACGGCAGCUUGCUUGCCAAAGAAAACGCAAACAUGCGCAGACACAGAGCUCCAUGGGUCGCAGGCAGAAGGGUGGAGUUAGAAGGGCUGGUCCAACCUCCCUCUCCUCCGUACAGGACUGCGAGCCAGUGUGCUGCGACUUCAGCACCGCUCAGAAAGUUGUCUGCCCUCAGCCUGGACAGCCGCUCUCCACCGCUCAUUCCUUGCUAGGAAGUCCCUGGGUCUUGCAUCAGCUUCGGAUCAGCCCUCGGGACUGUGGCAGCAAGGAGAGGGGGAGGAUGGAAGAACUGAAUGGCUCCGACACCGCCGUGGGCAUCCCCAAACACAUCCUGGACAUCUGGGCCAUCGUCCUGAUCAUCCUGGCCACCAUCAUCAUCAUGAUGUCCCUGGUCCUGUGCCCGGCCACAGCUGUCAUCAUCUACAGGGUGCGGACUCACCCAAUACGCAACGGGGCAGUGUGAGAACAGAGCCCCGGGCAGGGGCAGCCUCCCUCGGGCCAUGCUGGAUAGGUCCAUGGAGGAAGGGAGAUGGUUCACCAGGCUGACUCCAACAUGAGGGAGCGCUAGGGAGCGAUGGGGACCGGAGGAACAGCCAAGCUGUGCCAGGGACACACGGGGCUGUGCUCAUGGGACCAGAACUACGUUAGUCACCACGAUGCAGCCUAGAGAGUGUGUCCGUCACGUGUAACGCCCAGGCACGGAGCUGUUUCUGGAGCCUGCAAGGGGGAGGCAUCCAUAGAGCAUCUCCCUUCGCAUGGCGCAGAGCAUUCGUGUUCGGGCUUCGUCUCACGCACUCCUCUCGCAACGGCUGCUUGGCAUUCGCCCAGCAAGCUCAUCAGAGCCGACAGAGCUGUGAAGCCCUGAGCCCAAAGGGAAAUGCUUGACUUCCAGGAACAGAGCUGUACAAAUGGGUUCCAGAUGGGCUCACUUUGAAUACGAGACUGGCUCCAAGAAUCUGCUCUGUGCCACUCUCCUUUUCUGUGAGGCCUGGCUCCUCGUGGCUGGGUGAUCCCAUCAGCAUGCCUCAAAUUUCUCCAAACCAAAUUAGGCCAAGCCUGGAAAGAAACCAAGAGGGGAAAUGGGGUUUGGCCAAAGGGAUUUAUUCAGGGGAGUUGUGCUUGUUGGGUCCACUGUAAGGAAGGUCUCAAGCUUUUUCUUCCAGUUCUGCAAAGCUCUGAGGCUGUUGUAUUAGCACCAUUAGCCCAGGACACAUGUGUUGCCCAGCUGUGCUGCAGAAACAUAGCUGGCGUCAGGCUUGUUUUAGGACAGAAAUAUCUUGUCCUUGUAAAGGAAAUGUGCUGGAGUGUUUGGCUUCAGCUGAUGGAUCUUGAUAGCCCUUUGGCGGAAGGCUCUUGUGACAAAGCCUCGUCUCCUGGCAGCUCCUAUUGCCUCCCUUAUGGGCCUUGUUACGCUGCCCUAAUGUAUUUUUUAAAGGCAAGGGAGAGGUUGGCAUCUCUGUGGAAGGACGGGUCAGUGCAUGGGGGAGCUGCACAGAGCAUGGAUCUGUUUGCUAACCUAAAGCGCCUCCCCGCAGUCCAAGAGGGACCUUGCCUCUAUAGGACUGGGAAUCCUGCUCUGUACACUCAGUCCAUUCAUCCCCUGACCCCUCUGCAGAGAUGGCCACUAAGUUGUGAUGGCAUUUUGAUGGACCCUGGGGAGCUGGGAACAGGACUGCCCACACAUGGGCUCCCCCCCAUCACAGGAGGAUGAAAACUUCGAGUCUCCAUCAGCCCAUCCUGGUUUCAGAUCUGGUAUCUGUUGGUCAAAGACCCUGUAUACCAUGAACAGGUAUAAGCCAGACAGGCCCCAAGUAGUUGCUUCUGCUGCCAGCUGCCGCAGGACAGUGAGGACAUAGUUAAGGGGAUACAGCAAGUGGAGAAAGAGGAGGCUGGGAUGAGGGAUACCCAGGAGGUGGGGGUCUCUUGAAACUCAGUGGUGGGUCUGGACUUAAAGACACUGGAUACAGGCUGCUGAUGCAAAGCUAGGACUUGUCUACUUCUUUCCUCCUCUCUAAUGGGUCCUGAGACCUGUGAAAGCCUUUCUGAACCAGGCAGGCAGGAAUGAGAGGGCUGAAGGGUGCGUGGAUUAGCACUGCAAUGUGCUCCCCUUUCUCCUGUGGCGGGGCCUGGCUACAUCCCCUUUCCAACACAGAUGCAAUGGGUUUGGUGCUGUCAGCCUAGUGAUCAGGGGGUAUUUCUACACAGCAGAAAACCUGGGAUUCGGGUGCUACCAUCUGCAUCUGCUGCUGUGGAAAGGCCGAGAGCACUGGGCUGAGUCUGGGUGCUAUGUGGGAGCAGGGCAGGAAGGGCUGGGGUAGGGCAGGGCUCAGCUGAGCUCUGCUGUGGUCCUUGGGGUUGGGUGCUGGACCUAGGAAAGCAGCAUUUGGGAAGCUUGCACACACAUCAUCCAAGCUGUGCUUUGGAGUUGCUGGCAUUAGCCUUGCACUGAUACCCAGACCUUGAUAUAAAUGCCCCAAGGCUGCACCUUGGGAAGGACAGGAAAGACACAACUCAUGAAAGGGGGAAAAGCAGCUUGUAGGCAAUGCAUGUAGGGAAUAUGCAGUGUGAAUACAUGUAUAGCGUAGACGGCAACAGACUCUGUGAGUAAGCUGCGUUUUUGGACCAAGCUGCACUCAAUAAACUCAAAUUUAUCCUACA